AUGUCAAGUAAUCGUAUUUCAGUGGGAACCAGAGAUAAUACAAGUCUAUCAAACACGGAUCGUUUAGCGCUCAGUCGUGCGCAACAUCUUCAAUUACGAGAUACUCGACCGAAAUCUGUCUCUGAUGAUGAAACCGAUGCUGUUUUAGAUUGGUCAGAUUCGGAUCGUGAAUGUUGUCCAUUGAGUGACUUUGAAACAACAUCCAAUAAUGAUGAAACUGAGUGUAAUGAAACUGUUUAUGAUAAACAAUUUCAUGAGAAUAAUAACAGAAAUGAACUAUCACAAGACACUUGUCCGUCAACUAUUCCAUCGUUCACUAAAAAUCAAAUAAAUGUCACUGAAACACCAUACUCAAUGAUUGAUGACAGCACAACAAGUACACGAAUAUCGUUUUCAAGUGAAAUUGAAAAACCGAGAACACAAUUUAUUAAAAAUACACCAGUUAAUGCAGCACAACUACGUAGACAAUUACAGCCACCAUUGUUACCUGCUCGACGUAUUCAGAAAGAACAAGUUUCACCAUGUUGUCUAUCGACAACUUCCGUAAUUAAUUCUCAGUUGUCAUAUACUUAUCGUAAUCGUAAAACAGUAUCAAGAAAUUCAACACGUCUGUAUUUACAUCGUGAAAACACUUCUAUUACAGCAAGUUUAAAUAACCCAUUAGCAAAAGACUCGACAGUAUCAUCAACGUAUUCAUUUCAAAGUCAUGAUGACACUCAUAAUCAACGACAUAUGUUAUCACCAAAUUUUAGUCAAACUUCAGUUCCACGUGUAUAUGAAAUCAAGAAAGUAUUUGUCGACGAUUAUGACUAUGGUCGUUUAACUGAUAUAUCAUCGAUACGACCAUCUCGACCGCUAAGUCGUCAAAAAUGGGGCACAAUCGUACAUCCACCAUUUCCACUUGGUUAUCAACACGUACCUCCUGAAAAGAUAACACGAACUGUUGAACGUCUCGCAAGUUCUGCACGAUGUCGUGACCGACAUACUGGCAUCGAAGCACCAUCGAAACGUUACUUAUCGACUGAACAAACUGAGGCCUUGAUCAGUCGAUUAAAUAAAGUAAAAACUAUUCGAUCAUCUGAUCACUGUUGGCCAGUACAGAGACAAUCUAGAACUGUAAAAACAUUGAAUAAUAACUGGAAAGGUUUUGGCAUAUCAGCAUAA